CUUUAAUUAAAUUUUCCCAAAAAUGGAAUGAAACAAAUGAGGUCAGGCAUCUGGCUUCCUCAGAUGUGAAAUGUGAGAUCCUCCCCAAUACCUUUGCCAAAGAUGUGACCAGGAAGUUCAUCAUCCUCUAACUGAGGCUGAGAAGGAUAGCUCAAACUUAAGCACAAGCUAUUUAAGAGAAAACCAUGAGCGUAUUUAUGUAUGAGAGGAGUGAGAAGAAAAACUCUCUCAAAUGAGUUGCAAGGAAUGCGAGCAAUUCCUAUGCCAAGAUUGUGAUAAAUAAAAUUCAUAAUAAAGGUGCAAGGAAGAAACACAAUAGGAUUCCUAAAAAUAAACUUGAGCCCCUCUCCUUCAUGGACCGGAAUGACGAUGAAUAUGAGGAUUGAGUUCCUUCGUUAAUCCAACAAUCUCUGAAUAGUAUAAUGGACGAUCAAAUUAAUGUGCUGAGUGAUCAUGAAGGAGAAUUCAACUGACUCGAUAUGAGUGCAGAAAAGUACAAAGUCGAUACGAAUUACUCUCAUGGAUAUACUAAUACCUCUUUACCUCAAGCUUUAUCAACUAAGAGUUCUGGAGGUCUCUCAGUAGGUACUGCUAAUUCCUUCCUCCCGAUUGAUAAGAGGAGCUAUUUGUCCCAGCCUCUUGCCUUAAAAUCAUCCAGAAGUGUAAAUUCCCGAGAUGAAUUAGACCCAAAGGCAAGAUGUGAAAGAGGAACUCGAAAUAAGAGUGACAGCUAUUCAAAUCCAAAUAAAUCCUUCACAUCAUGAGGACAGAGCUACUACUCUCUCUUCAACACAAAUACUAUAACUUUUCAUAAUGGAAAUAUCGAUGCAAGUUUGUAUUCAGUCAAGAAUAAGCAGGUGAAGAUCCCUUACUAUCAGCCUUACGUUAAGGUAGACAGGAAGCUUCCUAGUAAAAUUGAAAAUAAAAUACUCGAUGUUCAGAAAAUCCUCAGAGCUUUAGCAGAAGAAGGCAUUUUGAUGAUAGAAAAUAAGGAACUACUAGCCCAUCUUGGCAAUAACUCUCAGAUUAUCAAAGCUUGUGAGGAUUAUGGAAUAAUUCAUACAACUUACCGCCAGUUCAGCACUAAGAAGCAAGUUUUUCAUAGCCUAAACCUUGACAUCAUCUCUCAUGAAUGUAUCCUCUGGUGUCUCAGGAGUCUAAAGAGAGAUGAAAUGACUCCUAAUGAAAAAGCAAUUCAGAGUAGAAUUAAGGAGGCUUUCUGCUAUAAGGUUACAACUUGGCUUUGGGAUCAUGUUAUGAGUAGCAUUUUGCUAAAAUUUCAGCCUGACGCAAUUACAAAAACACAGGUGAGUAAUUCAAACUCGAAGAAUGGAGAUGACUCUUGUCAGAAAGAAGACUCUGAACAUAACGAAGAUGAGUUCCCAGCUUUGGAAAAUGACUCAGGCUUGCUCUCAAGUGCACCUGAAGAGAACAAGGCAUCAAGAAACAAACAGAGGAUAAAAAUUGGAGGUUCUGAGAGGAGAUCCCAUUACUCAAAGAAAUUUAUCCAUACUAAGAACGGAAAGAAAUUAUACUAUCAGUUCUUUGAUGGUACAAAGGAGGACAUUUUAUUCGAACUUGAAGAGGACUUUAGCACAACAGAUAGCAAUGUCUCUGGCUGCCAGCAGUCUUCUUACAUAAUUUACCCAGCAGGGGAUACCUGGGUUGGAUAUGACCAGAGCCCUAACGAUACCAUUGAAGAGGAAGUUUAUAAUACCUUUAUCACUUUCUUGAAAGAAUAUUUUAGCAAUGAUCUUAAAACCUUCUGGGAGAAAUAUGACAGUAUUAUUAAGAACGAAGGAGUUGACCAUGACACUAAGGUCUCAAAACCAAAGAAGCACAGGAACUCUACCGAGGCCACAAAUUCAAAAAUCUCUGGCCAAAUUAGUAGCCUAAAUGAGGAAAAAUAAAGCAAUUCCUGGAGGCAGAUAUGGCUGAGCUCAGUUUGCAAAGACCUGUGGCCCUUCUGAGCUGAGCCAGUGCUCUUUAGGAAAGCUAUCUCAGAUGGUUCAGAAAGCUAUAAAUGAUGAUGUCAUUAAAUAUCAGAAAACUUUACUAGUCUGGAGUGAGCCAUUUAGCUCAGAUAUCCCAAAUAUGUUUAAUAGUCAAGAAGAAAUAAACCAAAAGAAAUUAGAGAUCAAUCACAAACUAGAAUGAAUCAAGAAAGUCUUGAUUAGUAUUUUAAUUGCUAACCCUGAAGGAGUUUCGUUAGCCCAGCUCCCUGCUUUCAUAAAGAAGAGGCUUCCAUUUAAUUAUUCUCUCCCUGAAUUAGGGUUUGCAAAGUUAAAGGACUUAAUAUUAUCAAUGGGAGAUCAGAUUCGGAUCGAUAACAAAAGUAAUAAUCAUCCUUAUGCAAUUUUGAUCAACCCUAAAGCUUACCAUAAAGGGUUGUCUCAUUCAGAAGAUUUUCAUCCCAUGCCUAACCAAUUUCCAGGGUACUCACAUUAUGGAAGACAGUCUUCUGACAUGAGUAUUCCUCAGAGAAUGGUGCAUGGGAGUAGGGACUAUGACAUGUAUAAUCGUAAAUGUAACAACAGCUACUCUAUGACACCCAAAAACUACUACCCUGUUUUUCCAAGUUUUCAGCAGCAUAAUGAGUUGAGAAGGGAUGAGUCCUCCUCCUCAUUUCAGUCUGCAGACAAAUAUAAUCUAAAUGGGAACGAUAGCAUCUACGUUCCUCAAGCUACUAGUCUGUAUGGGACCCAGGUGAACCCACCACAGUUGAACAUAAGUCAUUGUAGGAACAAUACUGGGUCUGAUAUUGGAUACGAGAAUAGUAGCUUCCCUAUCUUCUCAGGAAAGCUUAAGCAAGGAAACUUGUCUCAGGACUAUUCUCAAUACCCAGAUUUUAAUGGUAAAAUCUGGCAGCCUAUUGAAGCCAAUGAAGAGCUGAUAGAAGUCAACUCUUCUCUAUUCUUGUCAGAAAAUUCUUCAAAUUUUAAUUUUGAUGGAUCUAGAUCAACUUCUCCCAAGCAACAUGAGCGGGUUGUUUCUAAUCUGAGUAAUCCUUACUUUGGAGCAGGAGAUCAGAGGUUCGGAACUUCCAAUUCUAAUAUCGAAAGAAUUCCUGAGGAAGGAAAAUCAGAGGAAGUAAAAUCCGAGGAAGUGAAAUCUGAGGAAGUGAAAUCUGAGAAAGGAAGGCAAGCUUCGAUUAGUAGCGAUUUCAAAGAAGUCAAGAAUGAAACUGAGGCACCACAACAAGCAAAGCCAACUGUUCCUAAGCAGAUCCAUCCUAAUACUGCUCAUAGUAACAGUAAGCUUGUACCUACCUCUAAAAUCUUCCUUCCCUCCAAUAAGAAUAAGCUUGGCCCAAGACAAGGCGAGACUUUCACUCAGAACAUUCAGAGUGUGUCUAAGCUGAAGGCAAAGACUGACCGGAUAGACCCCUAAAAGGAACUGAAUUAAGCCCUAAUUCUCUUUAAUCUAUACUUUAAGUGUUUUUC